AUGUUUAGUCGGGCCUUAUUGAAUCAUCCGGUUAAAAGUCAUUUUAGUGCAGGAAAACAUUCAGUCCUCUCACGAACCUUUAUUAAACAAUCAUGUUUUCUAAGAAGACCUUCAUUAUGCUUAUCAACCUCCAGCCGUUCCUCCACUAUCAUGUCUCCACCUAUUCAUAAUCAAAAAAUUCCAUCAACGAAAUCAUUUGAUAAUCGUAUUGCUUUCCAAGACAAGCCUUUACGUGAAUUAUUUCGUUCUCUCGUAGUGUAUAAAUUAUGCUCUGUUCAAUGGCUAGUAAAUAACGUAUCAGGGUUUAUUGAACUAGCAGAAAAAUAUCAUCUUACUCGUCCUAUUUAUUGGAUUAUCGCAAAGACGUUUUUCGUACAAUUCUGUGGAGGGGAAACUGACAAACAAUGUAUUGAUACUAUGACUCGGUUAAAGAAACAUGGAAUUGGAACAAUUCUCAGUCUAUCGAUCGAGUCUGACCUAGACCAGGGUGAAUCUCUGUCGACUGAUGCCGAAUCUUUCUUCUCCAAAGAAGCUGAUCGGGUUACUCAAAUGUAUUUAGAAUGCAUCCAAACAGCAUCCAAACAGUCAAAUAGUUGUGUUGCCAUUAAAGUUACUGGCCUGACAGAUCCGGGAACUUUAAAAAAUUUAUCUUUAACAUAUAAUUCUUUGGACAAUGCUUUUAAUCGGUCAAAUGCCGGUCGGGAUGGAAAACUGGGGAAAUCUGACUUUUUUGAUCUUAUUAGUGGCACUUCUGGUGGAAGCGACAAAACAAGUCAUUUCAACGCGUUUUUCGAUAAACUCGACUCUGACAAAGAUGGAUCAAUCGAUCGAUUUGAUGUCUUUCGAACAUUUGCAUUGGAUAGUCCUGAGAUUCUUCGACCGCUCACUGAAAACGAGAAUUUGGAAUUAAGUCAACAUAAUAUUAGAAAUUAUAAUCAAUUAUUGACCAGACUUGAGCAAUUGUGCAAAUCGGCACGUAAACAUAAUGUGAAACUACUAAUUGACGCUGAACAAACUUACUUUCAACCAGCAAUAGAUUAUAUAUCGAUGAGGUUAUCUUCAAGAUACAACAAAUUAUCUGAUGGUGGAAGUCCAAUCAUAUUUAACACAUAUCAGAUGUAUCUGAAAGAUUCAAUGUCGAGGUUACAAAGAGACUAUGAACUAUCGAGAAGGAAUGAAUUUGUAUUUGCAUCAAAACUUGUUCGUGGGGCCUAUAUGAUUAGUGAAAGAACAAUGGCAGAAAGAUUGGGUUAUUCAAAUCCUGUUCACGAUAGUAUAGAAGAUACUCAUAGAUCUUAUGAUAAUGCCGUCGAGUUUUUAUUAGACAAAUUGCAUGAAAGUAAAAGUAAUGGAGAGUUAAGUACCAUGGAUAGUCCAGUGUCGUUCAUUGUUGCUUCGCACAAUCAGGAAAGCAUAAUUAAGACUUGUGAAAAAAUGGAACGAUAUGGAAUUAGUGUAAACUCGGGUACAGUAAGUUUUGGACAAUUAUAUGGAAUGUGUGAUCAGAUCACUUACACACUUGCAAGCCUUGGAUAUCCCGUCUAUAAAUAUUUAGCAUACGGGAAGAUCGAUGAAGUAAUGCCGUUUCUGAUUAGAAGAGCACAGGAAAAUUCUUCAGUGCUCGAUGGUCGUGCACCAAUCGAAAGCAAAAUGCUUUGGAAUGAGAUUAUCAAUAGGUUGAAGUUUAGAUAA